AUGGAGCAUAGGGCGCUAUGGGCAAUCAAGACUCUCAACUUUGAUUUGGCUAGUGCGGGUGAAAAACGUCUAUUGGAAUUGCAUGAGUUAGAAGAGUUAAGGAUGAAUGCUUAUGAUUGCGCUAGUGUCUACAAGGCAAGAACCAAGGAGUGGCAUGACAAACAUAUCAACAAGAAGGAAUUUCAUGAAGGUGACAAGGUAUUACUCUACAAUUCGAGAUUGAAGCUUUUUCCGGGCAAACUCAAGUCUAGAUGGAGUGGCCCUUUUGAGGUGAAAAAGGUUUUUCCACAUGGUGCGGUUGAGGUUUGUGGCAAGGAUUUGGAGUCCUUCAAAGUGAAUGGCCAACGCCUCAAGAUCUACUAUGAGGGUGACACACUUGGAAAAGUCUUAUCCCUUGAACUCAAGGAGUUCACCUCUAUACCAUCCACUUGA